UACCUCAGACUUCGCAGCUUCAAAGCAAACCUUGCUUUUUCCUUUUACAAACUCCUCUCAGAGAGUCAUACUUAAAAUCAUUCUCCCCUUUCUUUGAAAAUGGCAGCAGAAGAAGAAAUCGGGAGUGUCAACAACUCCAGCAACGGCAGCAACAGACGGAUGGGAAUGUCCCGAUGGAGACGAUUAUUCGCAUUGAAAAUCCUGAAGGAGAGGCUUCAGGUGAUGUAUGAGCCUGCGUACUACCCUCGACACGAUGAAAUGGUCCGCGAUUAUGAUCCAGUCCAGGAGUGCAUAGACCAGGAGAUACAAGAGGGUGUCAACUUCCUACCGGAUGGUGAACCACAGCUAUAGUUUUCCGUUUUCCGUUUUCCGUUUUCCGUUUUCCGUCGGCUAUAGUUUUGUUUCAUAUAAAUUUUCUGCU